UGUCAGAGUCUUGCUCUCUCUGCAUAGCUCCAUUUGCUGUCUUCUCUGAUUCUGCAAACGUUUCCAAAAUGGCCCUUUUAAUUUCAUUCUUAAUUGGGAUACAGCUGUUUCAUGCAGUGGCUUCCGUUCCACUUCCUCACUUUCUUUCCCCAUCGUGCAAUUCUUUGGGGGUAAACAUUGCUGCAGAAGAGGCCCUUAACAAACACAACAAAUAUCGGACAGAAGGCUACGUUCUUGGCCUCCAGCGCAUUUUUGACGCCCAAGAAGUAUCCGAGAAUGAUGAGUCUGUUUAUAACCUCAUUUUGGAUGUGCUAGAAACCGAUUGCCAUGUCCGGAGCAGGAAAUCGUGGAAAGAGUGCAAGUUUAGACGUCCACAUGAGACAGUCUUUGGCCAUUGUGAAAUAAUAAUUAGAUUAAACAGGAAAACAAAUGAUUCGUUCUUGCACAGAAAUAACUGCAUUUUACGCCCUCUUUCUACUCCUCCUUGCCCUGGCUGUCCAGUGCGCAAGAACCCUUCUGAAGACAGUCUUCAGGAAGCAGCAAAAGAGAGCCUGGCCAAAUUUAAUGCUGAAAAUGGUCACAAUCAUUAUUUUGCCCUUGUCGAGGUCACCAAAGCAAGUUCACAGGUGGUUGCUGGUAUUUCCAAAAUAGUGGAAUUCAUCAUCCAGGAGACCUCCUGUCAUAAAAGUACCCCUGUGUCUGACCUUAGUCAGUGCUCUCUCCUCUCAUCUCAAACUGCAGAGGCAGGCCUAUGCAAGGGCUCUGUACUAGACAGAGGGAUAAAACUUCAGAAAACUGUCUCUGUAAAUUGCGAAUUCUUUCCACAUCCGGAGCUACACCAUCCUCAGCACUCAGCUAAUGCCACAGAAACACCAGCAAACCAGAAGGAAACAGGGGGACAGGUGAUCGACUAUCUUCCUGUGAGCAAGCCUGAUGUGGCAGAACUGAAGGAGCCACAUCCAACCGUUCCUGGUCUAGGAGAGGAAACCACGUCAACCAUUCCUCCCUACCCCAAAGGGUUUUCCGAAUCAGCUGAAUGCCCAGGAAAGGUUGCAAUAGAGAUCCGUGGUCUUCAACUGCCUUCACGGCCACAGGCUGAAACCUCCCAAACAAAAGGCGAUGUACAACACUGAAACUUUAAUUCAGAGGAAACCUCCCACCCCUCCUCCUUUUCCCUCCCCUCCCCUCCUUCUCUCCCUCCUUUAUCACAAGAACAGCAGCUACGUUUCCGCUCAAGGAAAUAUUAAAAACAUUCAAUAAAAGAAACCAUGUAGCA